GAUGAAGAGUUCCUGCAGAGCUGGCCUCCACAGGGAACCACUGAAUUCUGCAUCUUCUACCUUCCAUCAAGUCAAACGUGUUUUACACCAAAGUAAGACCAGCAGGCCUGGAGAUGCCACAAUCUUUCUCCAAUGCAGCACUGCGUUCCAGGCAAUAUUGAUCUGAAGACUUGAAACCUAUGGCUACUUCUUGUAUCCUUCCUGAAGAAGAAACGUGUUCAGUUGGAGUUUUUCUUAUUUGGGAUGUAUUCAUUAUAAUGAGAACACCUCUUGACUCCUGGAAGAAUGCCUCUUGGUUCACUCUGUCUGCAGAGAAAUCUUCUACACUAGUGUGGCCAGCUUCAUGAACUGGAUCCUUUAAGGCUUGACUUUCAAAGAACAAACUGGUGGCUUUCCUUCUGUUUCUGCUUAUCCUUCCUUUUGAGCUCCUGCGUUUCUUAAUGAUAGUUCAGUCCAAGGUUAAUUCCUACAGCCUUUCAUGUGUGCACAUUCUGUAUGUGUUAAAGUCUGAAUAGUGUCACUGCUGGUUUAACUACCUGAUGAAACUUCUUACCCCACUGUAUUAAAAACAACCUUGGUCCAGUUGCAAUUAAAAAAAGAGGGAAUGAACAUUGUGGAAAGAUAAUGCUUCCAAAAGGAAACAUCAGAGUUUCUGUACGGUUAGGGAAUGUCUGUCUGGGAUGCUUGCUCUGCCAUCAUCUUUGUGCUGAAUGCCUUUGGGGAUGCUUUAGGAGAUGACUCUGAAUUCCAGCUGUUUCAGUUGUUGUUUUCUCUCUUUCUGUCAUCCCUGUGUCAUCUGUGGCGUGAUUGGAAAGUAGGGAACGGAGAUCUGAGCUUCCUGAGGCUGCAAUGAAUAAUUGAUUGUAUGUCAUCUGAGAGGGGAGGUGUGUGCAUGUAUGAAGGCUUGCAUUUAUGCACCAGUCCAGCAUAGGAGCCAACUGUAGUGACAACGAGCUGUACUGAAACUUGUAAAAACAGCAGUGUCAUUCCAGAACUGUAAGUAUCCUGUUUUUAUGUGCCUGAGACAUGGCUGAUUAGAAAUUAAAACAAAAAACAACCUGGUCCUCUCACUUCGUUGGCUUAAGGAUGGAAUAACAGUGUGAAGGCAGCACUGCCAGUUGUUUCAGCGCUGAUGGCUCUUGGCAGAAUUCUCUCUUAUCAGCAUUUCAAAACCACACAUGUGGGAUUGAGGAUCUUUUAUGUUUAUGCCAUGAAGUUCUGAAGAGUCACUGUCUCUAAAGAUAGAAUGAGAAAGCUUGAUGGCUUACAGACUAGGGGAAAAGAAACGGAAUUAUUCUCAAGUAUGAUAGGGAAUUGUCAGUGACUUCUCCUUUUAACAAUUAUUUUUGGUGUUUAUUAAAAAACUUGUAACUUAAAAACUUCACCUGCAGCAGCCACAGUUCUCUGCUUGCCAGCACUGCAGUGGUGCAGAAAUAGGGUGGGCACUGGGGGGAGAGGAUGGGGCUCUGGUUUGCAUUCAGAGCAUUUUCUGCUGGAAAUCCUCGCUCUGAUUCCUGGAGCUAGGAAUGAAACGUGCUGCUGAUGCAUGGGGAAGAUGUUCUUUGUGUUUAAGAAGGAUGAAUUUUGAAUGUUCAUGGCAAAGUGUGUAAGUGGUGGGGGUGAGGAUUUGCUUCUCUCUUAGCGAUGCUUUCAGGUAAGGUCUGCCACUAAAAGCUCUUCCUCAUGGCCUGAAAACUUGAAGGGAAGUGGCAGUGCCAUUCAGAUGGAGUUUUGUAGCUGUCUGAAACUAUUAAAGGAAGGUUUUCUUUAAAUCUGGAUCCAUUAAAACAGUGCAAUGAACUGAAUGCUGAAUUCAAAUGAGGCAAUUAUUCUGGCAGUAAAACUUCUGACUAAGGCAUAAUUUUGUUAUGCAAAUUGUAACUUUUCAACCUUAAAUGGUAUUGUUGGCCUAGCUGGAGACCAACUGAAACACAGGAGGAAAUAUAACCUUAAAUGAGAAAUCCAUAGUAGGUGAGGCAUAACUUUAUCCUUUGUCUUUCUCCGUAGACCUGAAAUAGCUGUGAGCAGCUGAACCAACUUUGCUGGCUAAACGUGUCCUCCGAGCCCGCUGGGUAACCAGUUCAGUCCUGUUCUCAUUCAUGUAAUACCUGAGCUCACCUUCAUUUACAGUUUUCCCUUAAUGAAGGGUGUUGAAGUGAUUUGUCCUGCUGGAUUCCUGAAAAUGGUUCGAAGAAAGCCUUUUUAGCACAUAAUUCAGCUCAUCUUUCAAGCACCCUGGCGUGAAAACUCAGCAAGGAAAUCUGAUCUUUCGUUCCCAGCUCCUGGGAUUUCAAGGUGGAAAGCUGUGUGUUGCAUUGCCUUCACCUUUUCUUCCCCCAGGGUACUGCUGUGAGCAGCUACCACAGCUUUUCUCCUGAAAGCACCUCCAAAAUGCCCUUCUGAGUGGGGAAGGGAAGACUGCAGGCAUGCUUCUCUGCUGCCUUUCACCCGCACCUUGAUUCUGGCCUGGACACUGACCCAGGUGUGUUGGUGGCCUGACUGAGCAGCUAUGAAUUGUGGAAAAGUAGGCUCGAGCAAACUUGCAGCAGCCUUGAUUUCCUAUCCUCUCUUCCUCCUCUAUUUCAUCACCCCGAAGUUCUAUUUUUAUGAGGUUAUUUUAGUUGUUAGCAUCCAACUGAGAAGGGAAACAAAAUAGCUCAGUUGCAUUCUGCAGAGGAAAGUGAACUGGGAGGUGACCCAAUUCCAGCAAGAGCUGGAAUUAGCACAGAAGGCAUGGGGAGAGAAUUAACCCAGCAACUGGGUGCGUGUGUGUGCAGGAGUGGGAGCUCUCUUAUCCCCACAGUCUGUUGCUGAAGGGAAGGUGACAUUAGCACUGGUUGCAAGGGUGACAUCGUGUUCUGCCUGUAAAACUGAAAGGGAAGAGAUGCUUGUUGCUGAGCACAUUAUGCUCUUUUCCUGGGUUCCUAGUGAUAGGGAAUGACCUCAAGUUGCACUAGGGGAGGCUCAGGUAUCUGUUCACCCUGGAGGAAGAGCCUGAAGUCACCUGAUGAUGGAAUCCCAUGUGGCAGUGCCCUGGGCUUCUGUGUUUUUGAGCUUUGUGUUGAGAUUAUGGUGGAGGUGCAACAGAAAGGACGAAUCGAGUGGGGCCAGUGGCGUAGGGCCAUUGCCUGAGUGGUGCUGCUGUUAGGGCAGCAGUGUCCAAGUAAUGUCUCCUUCACAGCUCUUAGAUCUUAACCAUAAAAAUGCUUGCUUGGAUGUGGUUUUGUCCAGCCAGAGUUGGUGCUUCUGUCACUUUUUGGUUUGGCAUCUGAUGUGCAGCACAAGGGGGAGCGUGCCAAAUCUGCCAGUGUCAAUAUACUCAAGGAUAAUAGGCAUCGUUGGGUAGAUUUAGGCUAGAUAUUAGGAAUAAAUUCUUUAUUGUGAGGGUGCUGAUGCACUGGAACUGGUGAUGCACUGAUUGCUCAGUGUGGCUAUGGAUGCUGCUCCUUGGAGGCAUUCAGGGCCAGGCUGGACGGGGCUGUGAGCAGCCUGCUGUAGAGGGAGGUGUCCCUGCUAUAGCAGGGGGUUGGAACUGGAUGGUCUUAAAGCUCCCUUCCAACCCAAACCAUUCUGUGGUUCUAUGAUCAUUUCAGGUGGUGUUAUGAGACUGGCAGUCUGCUGGGAUGUCUGAUCAGUGUACUUACACUUGCUAAUUUCCCUUCUUAGCUUUAAUUAUCUUCUGAAAUUUGUCCUUGUAGCUGGUGGGUAAGGUCAAGGUAAGCGCUGUGACCCCUGAGUGCCUUACAGCAGGGUCGGGGCUGAACGGAUGGAAGGAUUGCUUGGACUCUAGAAUGAGCCACUGCAUUUGCACCGUGGACAUAACUUAAGCAUUAGGAUUUCACCUCGGGACUCCCUGGACACAAAUUACUCUAUUGGGAAGAUCUCUGCUGUCCUUAAGAUUUUAAUCAUUGCAAGAUGCGAGUUGUUCUCCGAGGGCCGACUGUAGCUGCCUGGCUGCUGCUUUUCCUUUUUCAUGUGGUUCCUUUUGAGGUGUGGGCUGCUUGAUGAAGGGUAGGAGGCACGCUGGUGCCCUACCCUGAGCCACUUUCUCUUGUUCCAGGCAAGCAUAUUUUGCAACUAUAAUUUCUUCCCUUUCUGUUUUUCUAGGGUUUCUGGUAUGCACUUAAAGCCAUAUCUCAAGUUACAGAGGAAAGAGCGAUCAGAAAUAAGCCAGGACUCCCUCAGAGGCCCACCUAUGACCCAUCAGAGGUCACCCCGAGAAGACAAAUACGCCACCAACUGCACCAAACUGAGCGUUUUCCCCAAACCCCCCCUUGUGAGUCCAUCUCGAAAGCUUCUGGGAAUUAUUUAUCCAAAUACUAUGUGCAAUAUGAACGGGAAAGGUCCGGCAGAUGGUCUGAGCGCCAGGGAGAAGAAAAACGUCCUGUCAGCAACGAUCCAUCAGGGAGAAGAAGGGGAAGGGCCUCUGGAUGUGUGGGCCGUGGUGAAGCCCGGCAACACGAAGGAGAAGAUCGCUUUCUUCGCGGCCCAGCAGUGCAGCAGCAACAACCGGCUGGGCUCCAUGAAGCUCAAAAGCACGUGGGAUAUCGAUGGGAGAACGGUGAAACGCCGGAAAAAAACGGUAGAUCUGAAAAAAGCCAAGCUCCAGUUGGAAAGGAUGAGAGAGGCGAAUGCCAGGUGCUCCCAGCCGGAGCCUUUCGCGUGCGGCAUCGAGCACUGCUCGGUGCAUUGUGUGAAUGACAGUGGUGAGGGGGUGUUCCCGGGCAGGUCCCUCUCUGUGAUAGAGAUGGUUGCGUUUCUGGAGCAGCGAGCAAGUGCUUUACUGGUAGACUGUGCUAAAACUUGCACGUCCGCCUCCACGGUGAGGCUGAGCGCUGUGUCUAAAGGUGCUCUUCCCAGCUCUGAGCCUUUCUCCGCCGCCGGGCCGUGCGAGGUACAUGAGAGGGGAAGCUGUGGUGGCAGCGAGCAGCAGCAGAGCGAGCCGGUGCGCGUCCUGGACAUGGUGGCCAAGCUGGAGUCGGAGUGCCUGCGGCGGCAGAGCGAGCGGGACGGCAGCAGCCUGUCGCGCAACAACAGCUUCCGCAGGAACGUGGGGCGGGUGCUCCUGGCCAGCAGCACGCAGCCCGCUGCUGAGCCUGGCAGGGCCUCUGUAGGCAGUGUGGGUGAAGAGCUGGGGGCGGCGGGGGCUGGCUGCGGAGCGAGGUGUGGGGAUGCUGGGCUGUGGGAUGGCGCUGCCUCUGCUCCGCAGCCGUUCCCUCCUGGGUUGGAGGGGAACGCGGGUUCGGGACUUGCUCACGCUGUGUUGGCCAUUGCGGCUGGAAGGAGCGAUGCUGAAAGGCGGGUUGAGCCUCCCAGGGCUCUGCCAGCCCUGUGUCCGGCUGUGGCUGGGGUGCCGGCGGAUUCCUUGCCGAGCAAGAGCACAAGUGUUGAUUGUACGUCGAAAGAAGCUGUGAUCCUCUCAAAGCAGAGCCUGCAUCCUGCUAGGAAGGAGCCCUUGUGCAUCAGUAUAUCGGUCGCCAAGAGUGAUAGGAAAGAGAAGCUCCCUCCCUCCAGUUUGAGUGAAGACCCCCUCCCAGGGAGGUUGUUUUUUCUCCGGGCUGAACAGAAUGCCGCUCCUGCACCACAGCCGCUGCAGGAAUGUACCCAAGGGAAGCCAGGAGAAGGAGUGCAGAACGAGGAUGAGGAGGCUGUGGAAUCUGACAAAUUGUGUGUCGGGACCAGUGUCUCUCCUGAGCCAUCAGCCCUUUCUGUUCCCCCUCCAGAAGGUGCUUUGCAAGUACUCGAUGCUUCCUGCUUGAAACGGCAGGUCUCACAUGACUUUUUGGAGACCAGGUUUAAAAUCCAGCAGCUUCUGGAACCUCAGCAGUAUAUGGCUUUCCUGCCUCACCACAUCAUAGUGAAGAUCUUCGGCUUGCUCCCUACGAGGAGCCUGGUGGCCCUAAAAUGUACUUGCUACUACUUCAAGUUCAUCAUCGAGUACUACAACAUCAGGCCAGCAGACUCACGUUGGGUCCGCGACCCCCGCUACCGAGAAGACCCCUGCAAGCAGUGCAAGAAGAAGUACGUGAAGGGGGACGUGUCGCUGUGCCGCUGGCACCCCAAACCUUACUGCCAAGCUUUACCCUACGGGCCUGGCUACUGGAUGUGCUGUCACAGGUCCCAGAAGGGCAUCCCGGGCUGUAAGUUGGGUCUCCAUGACAAUCAUUGGGUUCCUGCCUGCCACAGCUUUAACCGUGCUCUCCAUAAGAAGACCAGAGGAGCGGGAGCCGAAGGAGAAGAGGAAUAUUAGUGCACAUACACUUUCCUGUGAGAUGGUUUGGGGUAGGAGGAGAUUCUCAUGCCUUGUGCUGUUUACAGUGUAUAUAAUUGUCGUGUUUUUCACAGGGCUAUGAAACUGCACAUACUUCAACACAAGAGCCUUUACCUUUUAGAAUAAAGAAAGCUUUUAGUCCAUCUAUGUAAAUAACACUAUAAAAACUAAUUGUACAUACAGAGUCUACAGCUGGCUGAACAACGUAAUCACUACAAUGCAGCUAUGAUAGUGUUGCGGCUAUAGGUGUGUGUGUUUUUAAGUGUCUUGUUUCAAAAUCUGUAUAUCCUGUAUAAUAUAUGAAUGUUUCUGAGAAGAAACUCUAAAUAGGUAAAGGCCAACCUGGUUAAAGAAUCUUCAAACAACUUAACUGGACAACCUUAAAACUAGACUAGAACAGAAACGUGACAGUAGUGGUGGCAGUGGAGGAAAAAAAGAGAGGAAUAUUAUUGUAUAGUCAGAAUAUAAAAGAAGUUCUUGCCUACCUUAUCCAUGUUGUCUGGUUGGUUUUUUUGGGGGGUUUUUUUUUUUUUUUUUUUUACUUAAAUAAAACGUGCAUUCUAGAUCUGC